AUGAAGUCCUCUCUUUACGACCGCCUGCUGCAGCGGGAACUGGGUAACCGCCGGCCAUAUGCAGGGAUAUCCGGGAUAUAUGGGGAUAAAGUCUGGGUUGAUGAUAUGGACAUUCGGAACUGCCUCCCCAAUAGUUGGUCGACAUCUGGGCAAUUUCUUGCCUCGGGAUCUGACGAUCAGCAUGUUAAUAUCUAUUCGUACCAGCCGGAACAUACCACGUCCCCGGUCUUCCUCAAUACGACGAUUUUCACCGGUCACUCUGCGAAUAUAUUCUCUGUCAAGUUUAUGCCACACUCGAAUGACCGGACACUGAUUUCUUGCGCGGGCGACUCAGAGGUUCGAGUAUUUGAUAUCGAGCAUUCCGGACGGUCCGCCAACACGGCGAUAUCGUCGUCGCGGAGCCGUAGAUUCAACAAUUUCUUCAACGGAAUGUGGUAUUUGACGGAUGGAAAUACAAACUGCAGAGUUUACAGAUCGCAUGCGGACCGGGUCAAGCGUAUAGUGACCGAAUCAUCUCCAUACCUGUUCCUUACGUGCUCUGAAGAUGGCGAAGUCCGGCAGUGGGAUCUACGGCAGCCUUCUUCUGCUUACCCGUCUCCUCGGGGCGGACAGGGGUUCAUGGCGUAUAGACCGGGUUUACAUCACGAUGAUUCCAACGUACCACCUCCGUUGAUUUCGUACAAAAAGUACCAUAUCGAUUUGAACACCAUUUCCUGUGCUGCGACUCAGCCACAUUACAUCGCUCUUGGUGGCGCCCACCUCCAUUGUUUCCUACAUGACCGACGUAUGCUGGGAAGGGACCUAAUGGAUGAAAGAGGACAAAUGGGGAGUCCAUCUAAUACUUUUCACGACGAUGAAGCCAUGGGAAACGCGACAAGGUGUGUUCGAAGGUUCGCUCCGAAUGGGCAAAAGAAAAUGAGAAGCCGUGACAACGGACAUAUCACUGCGUGUAAAAUCAGCAAUGCGAACCCAAACGAGAUGAUCGUGAGCUGGUCCGGCGACCAUAUCUACAGCUUCGAUCUUGUUCACAGCCCAGACGCUCGAGAUGAAACUGGAAACAAAGAUUCGAGUCAACAAGAAGGCUCGAGAUCUGGCCGAGCGAAGAAAGAUAAGAAUCGAAAAAGGAAGCGUGGAAAGGCGACGUCGGCAACCUCCAUAGCCAGCAGUAUCCGCCAUCAAUCACGGCGCAGAUCCGAGGAGAGGCAUGAAGAGGGAGACGUGUCGUUCAGAGUCAGAUACAACAACGGCGAGUCCGAAGAUAUCCCCUUCGACUCGAUCACUGGCCCGGCUACGGCCGAUACUCCGGAACGAUUGUUGGAGGCUGCAAGGGACUCUGUCUUAAACGAAGCGCAAAAGCUCAGCCUCCGCAUUGCAAAAGGCCUUGUUGAAAUUCGAAAACUGCUAUUCUCUGUCGAACUCUCCGCAAGAGAAGAGGCUGCAGAGAUUUCAUCAACCUCCGAACCAACGCCCUAUACAGCUUCGUUUACAUCGGUGAUUGGAUAUGCUGCAACGUAUCUUCCAGAGAUGGAUGAAGUGAUUAGGACUUGGGGAUAUCCUUUGAGUCCGUCUCAUGAUGAUGUCCUAUUUCAGCAAGCAUUGCGUCGGAAUCGUGAAUCGUCUAGAAGAUUUGUACAGGCUUCCGGAACCCUAGCCAGAGUGCUAGGGGGCCGAUUACAAACGGCAACCGGAGGGGAAAGUCCACAGUUGGCAUUGUUUCGGCAAAUCGUCCCUGCGCCCACGGAAGAUGGAAUGAUUGAUCCCUCGUCGCAGUUUGGAUAUGACUUCCUGAAGGCUAUCCUACUGUGGCUUGAAGGAGGCCGCCAUGCAGUAGUGGACAGCUUCAAACGGAGUGCCGGCCGUCGGCGCGAUGCCGGCAGGUUUCCGUUGUUGGACUGCGAUGGGGAUGAGGCUAUCGAAGACACUUUGAUUCCGUACUUCCGUGAGCUGGCCAGUGCUGACCCAAUCGUGAACGUCGACGCUUCGAGAUUUGAGCAUGAUGAAUCGCGCAUCUUGUUCCAGUCUCAAACGGAUGCUGUUGAGGCAUUUGCAAAAGCUAUCAAAAUCCCACUCGAAGACCUUGGGGACGCAGCUGCCACUCGUGAACCUGAAAGUCAAAAUGCUUCGCAAACUGAGGGGAUCCGAGCUCUUGAUAAGAAAGCAGCCGUUAGGUUCUGGGGACUGAAGGUCGGGAGAGGUCUCCUGAUGGAAGUUGGUGAGGGUGUGAAUUUUGAGUUCGUUAAUCGCUGUUUUGGUGGCUUACGAACUGUUAUCGAAGAUGAUGGUGAGGACGAUGGGAGAGAGAGGGUACAAGAGGAUAUCGACCCAGAGGCCGAGGAGGCACCGAUCUCAGAGGUCCGAUUGGUACCAACUCGUCAUCCUUAUCGACAUUCAGUUCUCGGUGGUUGGAGUGAUGCCGACGACGCUAGCGAUGGCGAGUUUGAAAAUGACUCGGAAGAUUCCGAAGGAUCGGAAGAAGACGACGAUGACGAUGAGGAUGAUGAGGAUGACGAGGAAGAAGAGGAUACUAACGAUGACAGUGAUGAAGAAGAGGGUCGGCUAUUUAUCCGCCAUGCGUCUGGUGGCCGACGACGAGGAGUAGAAAGCAACGUCCCGUGCUCCUCGCAUUUGAACGUUUACCGAGGACAUUGCAAUGUUAAAACAGUUAAGGAUGUGAACUACUUCGGAUUAAAUGAUGAAUAUGUUGUGAGUGGGAGCGAUUGUGGAAAUUUCUUUAUCUGGGAUCGAAAGACGUCGGAUUUGGUAAAUAUACUCUCCGGUGACAGCGAUACCGUGAAUGUCGUGCAAGGACAUCCAUACGAGCCAACUAUUGCUGUCUCUGGAAUCGACAAUACGAUCAAAAUAUUCUCUCCAGAUGCUCGAGCCCAGCAUGAUGCCAAAAUUGGGAUUAAUAUCGCCGACCCAGACGCCCCGGCAAAUAUAGUCAGCGGAAAUAACCCCGGAGUUAACCGAACUGAACGUAAUACAUUGGGGCUGAGGAGCCGGAAGCAAAUGCAAAAUAGCUAUCAAAUCAUGAGCCAAAACGAUGUGGAUCGACAGGGAGGAAUGAAUGAAGCUUUCAUCACGAGAAGCAUGCUGGCGCGGUUAGCCGCUUCGUUGAGGGAUAGGCGGGCCCUCGGUGUGAACAAUCCAAUUGAAGGUGAAGGGGGGACGAUUGUUCUGGAUGAGAAUUGUACUGUGAUGUAA